AAGGCUCAGACGCUCCUUCCAGGUUGAAGAAGGCUCGAGAACCGGCUUCCGUCGGAUAGGGGGCUACGGCAGGAACGAAGGGGGCCCCAACGAGGUCAAUAACUGAGGCGACUUUGAGUGAUUAGAGGUGCUGUAAGUGUCACGGUCAGGUAAACACGGACGCACACCCACACUGUCGUGUGGCUUCAUGAUCCAUUGCGAAUAACCGAGGGCCGACUUCCACCUCCCCCAAGACAAUGGAAGCACUGCAGUCACUCCGUCCACCGAUGACAUCUCGGCUGCGCCACAGUGUCCGACACAGCCGCGAACAGCCUGAACAGGACAGCCAGACCAAGAACCGCGCGGGGAGCCUGCAUACGAGCGGACAUUUCGACGAGAUCACGAAAGCCUCCCUUGCAGCCCUGGGCAGGGGCCCAACGCCCCGUCCCAAGGAAGAGAAUGACGAGUUCAUCCAGUCUUGGCUCCAGCAGAUGCAGGCUCGCCAUUCGCAUCUCUCUAGGCCAGAUCACGAGAGGAGACAGCUUCGACUGACAGAGCAAUCCAGUGCUAGGGACCACGUAGGCAAGCACAGGAAAAGGCCACGGCCCAUAUUGGAAUCAUCCCCACCAUCUCCAGAGGCGGCGGAGCGAGUCGAAAAUCGAUUUGAGAAGAGAACUCGUCAUAAGACUCGUGACGACAAGUAUGACUACAAGCCGCAUGCGGACAAGAAGCGAGCCUCGGGUCAGGGGCUUCGGAGUUGUACAACAACAGACGCCAGGAAGGACAGAGCGCUAGCGGUCGAAGGAAAACGCUCGGCACGCCAGGGCGAUGCUCAAGCCGCUGCCAGCCAUAUGCUUCCACGGACAAGCAAACUGAUCCCCAAAGCAAAUCGAAUCUCGCGGCACCGGAAUCUCACACGGAAAAACUCAGAACCCAACGCUUCAAAGCUAAAGCUUAGCAAAAGCCAGAAGGAAGACAAAGAAUUGGAGGAAUUCUCGGCCUUCUUUUCUCGGAGAAUGCCACACGACAAACCGGAGUCUAGGAGCUAUGGCGUUGCAGACCGUGCUGCCGCCAUCACGGCCACCGUUCGCCGCACAGUUCGCAACGACGUUACGGAAGCGUUAGCGUCGACGAAGGCGAAGUAG